AUGUUUUAUUUAUUUUAUUUUAAAAUAUUUUUAUUUUCCUUAAUUUCUUUAAAUAAAGUUAAUGGAUUUUGUAUGAAGACUAUAUGUUCUGCGGAUACCGAUUCUCGACACCCUGUAAACCGAAUAAUUGGUAUUGGUUCGGAUGGAAUUAGUGGAGAAUAUAAAGCUUUGAGACGAAAUGAUCAAAUUGUUGAAGCUGUUGAUUUAAGUUGUAGAGAAGGAAGCUUUGUUUAUUCUCCUUUUGAAGGGGAAAUUUCUGCUUGGAGACCUUUUGAUGGAAAUGGGCAAGAUGAAAUUAGAACGGAUGAAAAUAAAAAGAAUACAGAUGGAUGUAAACCUGACCGAGGAGUUAGAAUUGAUGGAAAAGGACAAUGGCAGGGUUAUCACGUUUUAAUUGGCUCUGUUCGUUUAUUCCGCUAUAGUGGACAUGUUCAUGCUGGACAAAAAAUUGGUGUAGCUUUGGAUAUUGAAUGUGAAUUGAAAUUAAAUAAACAGAAGAUGCAUAAACGUCCUCGAAAAGAAGAAAAUUUUGUCAGAGUUUAUUUACACAAGGAAGGACGUCCAAUUGAUCCAACACAUCAUUUAAUUGAUUGUAUGUGUAUAAAUCAAGUCUGCGAGACAAACAGAAUUAAUGCUUUGGAAGGACCGUCUUUUAAAUUUGACAGUCGUUUUAACGGUGUUAGAGGAUGGGAAAUUAAAUGUCCAGAUAUCCAACAAAUUGAAGAAGAAAAUUCUUCAGAAGAAGAGGAAGAAAAGAAAAAAGAAGAAAAUAAUAAUUUAAAUGAAGUAUGGGGAACUCCAAAAAUAUAUUCACCUAUAGAAGGGGAAUUGGUUGGAAGAAUUAGAGUUAAUAGUGAACCUGGGGCACAGACUUAUACUGGCUGUACUAAUGAAGGAAUAUUUAUUGUUGGGGCUGGAAAGUGGAAUGAUUAUGAAGUUCGAAUUUACAAUGCUCGCUUUCUUGAAUCUCUUCCUUUAGGGCGUCAAAAUAUCGAACAGGGCCAACACAUCGGUUAUCGUCUAAAAUGUCCAAACGACAAUAUAUCCCCAACCGUUUUUAUCGAAGUUCGUUUCCAAGGUGUUUUGCUUGAUAUAACUGAUGCUAUAAGUGCAAAAAGUUGUAAACACAAAUCUUUGAGAAAUUUAAUUGAACAACGAUUUAAUUAUUGA